AACCACCCUAUCCCUUCGGUGUUCGCAGCUGGGAGAACAAUCCAUGGCAGCUAAGAUGCUGUUAUCACCGCCCGUAACGUUUGCCACCAAAUUCGACGCCGGAGGCUUCACCCACCACCACCAGGUUCAGCCAUCCGUAGGAUGCGAGCGACACCUACCGAGGUCAAAGAAGCUUCAACUCCAUGCCUCACUUCACGACCCCGUCUCUUCAUCUUCCGCUAUCUUGGACUUCAUCGCCCACCAAAACCAGCAAAACCCUUAUUCUCUCGUUCUACUUACAGAUAGCGCCGGUUAUUCAUUGGCCAGUUACUACACUUCUCUUGGUCUCUUUGUCAUCUCUGUUCCGGGCCUUUGGUCCCUCAUCAAGCGUUCUGUCAAGUCCAAAAUUGUGAAGAAGACCUUUAUUGGCGAAGGCGAGAAGAAGGCGCCAAAUCAGGCUGCUGGGGAGAUCUUAUCAUUCUUCACGCGUAAUAAUUUUGCGGUGAUUGAUAGGGGAGAAACUGUCACGUUUGAAGGAAUGAUGGUUCCUAGCAGGGGCCAAGCAGCGCUAUUGAGUUUCUGCACCUGCAUCAGCUUGGCAAGCGUGGCCCUAGUUCUUACCAUAACCUUCCCAGAUAUUGGCAACAAUUGGUUCUGGGUUACCAUCUUAAGUCCACUAGCGGGCGUAUAUUACUGGACCCGAGCAUCCAGAAAGGAGGAGAUUAAGGUUAAAAUGAUAGUUGCAGAUGAUGGAACCUUAUCAGAGAUUAUUGUUCAAGGCGAUGAUCAACAAGUCGAGCAAAUGAGAAAGGAGCUCCAAUUGAGCGAAAAAGGCAUGGUUUAUGUCAAAGGCAUCUUUGAAAGAUGACUUGCUUUUGGCCCUUGGCUGAUUGGCUGACUUAGUAUGUUGGACACUGUUGUGAUUCCCAGUGUUUUAACCCAGCAUGCUCACAAUUUUGAGAUGCCAAUUAUCUCUAGACACCGGUUUAAUUAAUUGACAUUUUUAUGAUCCUGGUUCUCUACAUAUUAGUAAUUUAAAGAAUAAACAUGUCA